AUGAAGUGGAUGCGGACAGACUUCAGGCAAGAAAGGAAAUGGAAGAGGUCAGCAGCUCGCGUUCUUGCCUUUGCAUGCGCUGAUUGGGUUGCGGCGGACGACGUCAAGAGGAAACUAUUACAGGUACCGGCUAUCAUCCCUAAGCCUGCGGCAGCCCGAACGGUUCCCGGCGAUGAUUCAGGGCAAAUGGAGGACGUGGACAUGCCAGACCAGCAAGAAAAUGAAGUAUCGGCUACGAAACAGAAGACCGUCAGCGGUCUGGAUACGGACAUGGACAAUGAGAACUCGGACGAGCCUGGCGAAGUCUACAUCCCUGCAAUGGACGACGAGGAACAGAUUCCGGUCACACAUGUUGUUCCAGCUCAGAUAUUUGCCUUGCCCGAUACAUCGCUCACUUUCAGCUUUAGCAACUCUUCGGCAUUUACCAAAAUCCUUGACGAACUUCCAAUGUACGGAGGGCCACUCCAGAUACCGGAUAAUGCCGACCUCUUAAAAUCGGAUCAGGAUCCGGAUGCACACUGGAAGCUUGCAGCCGUCCCCUUGACCAAAUACGUUGAGAGGCCAAUGGUGCCCGUCCUCAAAGGGCCUCCAACAAAGCGUAGCCGGUACCAGUUUGCAGAGGAGAGCGACAGCGAUGCCGAAGAUGAGGACAAUAUUGUAUACCGGAAUAAUCGCGGUGACACUGCCGGGCCUCUCAAGGGUCAGGCAGUAGAGCGAGAGCUCAAGCACGUUGCGCUGUUUGACCCUGAGAUGCAGGUUCUAAGGGAUAGGCUACAUGCGGGCCAUCAGUUCCGUCCGCCUACAGAGCACCCUAUGCCCCUGCAAUCUUUCUAUGAGUCGCGCACUGCGUCGCAAUGGACAUAUGCCGAGGAUGAUCAGCUGAAGAGGCUACAAGAUGGCUAUGCCAUCUCUGUUUUCGUCUGGGGCGGAACGAAGGACGCCGUGGGAAUGCUUCGAACGCUGGGUACACCUGGAAGGCCUGCCGAAUGA